AUGGACUGGAAUGAGUUUCUCAUUGUGCACGUGGGACGCAACCUGAACAAAGGCGAUCUCGACUUUCAGACGGAGGCAGUGAAGGGGGGACCGUGGCAGAAUACCUUCGUGUCGACACUGGUCCUGCGGUCGAUCGAUGGCAAGUAUGGCGAGGGCAUGCGCUUCACUGGUGACGCCUGCUCCAACAAGCAGGACGAACUGGAAGGCUUUGAUUUGUCAAAGCACUUCCACGACGCCCUUGGCGCUGCCGGCGCCCCUGCCGGCGCCUGGGCCGCCGGUGGCGGCGACCCAGGCAGCUGGUGGGGGAAUGAAAAGAAGUACGGCACGCCCUUUAUACACCAGGUGAAGCGCGGCUACUGCAGCAUCCGACCUCCUAUGAACGACUUCAGCUACACGCCCUUGCCGUUGGACGGCCCAGGGCCCUACUUCGUCCGGUUGCACCUGUGUGCAUUGAUCACAGGAGGUGAGGCGCAGAGUUUCGACAGCAAGGGCUUCCCUUGCAAGACCAAGAAGGCCAUCAAGGAGGCGGAGGAAGACGCAGCUUCUCAGGCCCUGGACUUCCUCCAAGGCCUGGGGCAGAAAGAGGCUUUGCUGGCGCUUCCGGCACCUGCCAUCCGGACAGAGGUAUCAACUGAAGCCGAGACGCAGGAGAAAGGAGUUGAGGACACGGCGGAAGAAGGUGCCAACUUACAGGUCGAGGAGGCUAUGUACACUGGCGUGUUUCUGGACAGCCAGAGCGGAGAAACCCUCGUCAAGUUCUGCGCGAGCUCCGUCCCAGGCGGUAUACCGCCAGAGUGGGUGCAGUUUUGUGACCACAUGACGAUCUGCCUUGGGUCCUUGUCCAACCCCAAGACGCAAUGGGACUGCCCCGUCCCGGACACGCUCAAAGAGGAGCUCGCGCAGUAUUCCGAGGGCCAGGAGAUUGAGUUGGAGGUGGUUUCAGUGGGCCGCGAUGAGCGUGCGCUGGCUGUUGGAGUGGUUGGCUGCAGCACUUGCAACAGACAUCCGCACGUCACGGUGGCCACUGCACCGGGAGCUCCACCGAGCAUGAGCAACUGCCUCAAUGAAUGGGUCAUGCUCCCCGCAGAGGAACGGUUCAAACUGACAGGCACGCUGCAACAGAAGACAAGGCUGCGGCGGGCGGCCCCCAAGCGCGAGGCCAGCGCCCCGCCACCGCGCGGGCCGCCCCCAGUCUCGCAAGUAGUCCUCGUCCGGCCCGAUGGACAGGAGAGGAGGAUGGUCUUGCUGAAAGCGAUGUUGAUCUCGGAGAUGGUCGAGCGUCAUCGGCCUGCAGUACUGAAGGAGGAGGAGGUCGAUGUGAUCGGGCCGGGGAACAUGGUGCUCCCUCUGGAUAUUUCGCUGGAAGAUUGCGAGGUGUUGGAGACAGAUGAGGAAGUGCCGAGGUUCGUCUUCAAGAUAACUGAUCAUGCUGCCCCAGAGCCGGUCAGAGAUGAUGUGGAGCCGGUCAGAGAUGAUGUGGUGCCAGGCGUGGUCGGUGAUGAGAGGGGCUUGCUGCUUUUCAUCUUCACGGCGAUGCGGAACACUUGGGCCGGUGAGGAGACGAUGGCACAGCUGGGUGCCCAGCUGGCGCCUCAAGUGUUUGGGCCUCUGGAUCGACGUAGGUGGACGAGGGGCCCUCCUCCCCUGGGUUUCGAGAACGCCACCCGUGACAAGGGACCUUGCCGGAGCGGAAAGUACAAUGUGACGAUCGUGGAGACUGCGCUCGAGUGCGCAAGGUUGUGCAGACGGCAGAAUUGGUGUAGAGGUUUUGGUUUCCAAGAUGGCCCAGACUGGAAGAGAGAGCCGGACUUCGUGCAUGGAGCAUGCCAAAUGAUGGAAGUCCUCAUUCCAAAAAGCACUGGUGUGCAGGGCAUUUUGUCUUAUUCAAUGGGUACAACUUCUGGUUUCGAUCUGCAGCAACUCGGGGCUGCGAUAAUUUACAACAGUAACUCAGAUCGCUUGCGAUGGUGCAGAGGCGACUAUGCAAGAGCAACCAGGGAUGGGGGGAAGUGUGCUUAUGACCCAUCGUGGAGGAAGUAUACUGUUGGGAAUGCCAGCAGUGUAUAUGAAUGUGCACAGCUUUGCGCAGGCUCAUAUUGGUGCGUUGGGUUCAAUUGCAAAUCUGGGGCUUGGUGGAAUGAUGAGCCGGACUUUUUUCCUGGGGCUUGCCAAAUGAUGGCAGGCCUUCGGCCUUGCCCCACUGGAGUGACAGACCUUUCUUCCUAUGCCCUCCAUUUCGUUACAAAGCCUGUGACCACUACGCUGACUACGCUGAGCCCAGGAGCUGUCUCUACCACGGGAGCAGCGACAACGUCCCCUGCGGUGAUAGCGAUUUGUGCGAUGGCUUCGCUGAUCUUCCUUGCCGCAUGCUUGAUUUCCAUGCGGUGGCUCGUUGCCAGAACCAAGCAGUCUGCGACAAUGUCAGAAGAGCCUCCAGCGCCUGUACUUCUCGGACAGACCACGAAUCCAUUGAGCUAUUUGGACAAAGACUUGAUGGUCAUACGAAGAAGUGUGACAGCUGCGGAGAUCCAAAUGGGAGUCUCUGCCAUCUAUUUGCUGCAAAUCUUCCCCUCCGAAGCUCGAGCUUCCACCAGCCUGCCUGAUCCGAACUUCUACCAAAUCUGCCCUGUACUGGCCCUUGGGGAGAAAGGCAAGGGCUUUGGGAAGAUUUGCCCCCGAGACGGCCGGCCAAACUGCAGCAUCGUGGACGCCUUAGAUCCGGAACAUCGAGCAACCGCAAGCCACUUUGUUUCAUGGUGUUGGAGUUACAGCUUGGAUGUGGUAGUCGGUGCUGUGCAACAUUGGGCAGAAUCUACUCCCUGUCCCCAAGAGGAAAUCGUCCUUUGGAUGUGUUUCUUCUGCAACAACCAGUAUCGAAUUCAGGAAGGCCUAUGCAACAACUCGGAUGACUUGAGUGCCAUUUUCGCGGCGCGCUUGUCAAGCGCGGGGAAGAUGCUGGUCAUCCUGGACUCAUUUCUAGAGCCUCACUACUACUCGAGGGCGUGGUGUCUAUUUGAGACCUUCAUCUGCUUACAGCACAAGUUCCCUAUGACGAUUCUGCUGCCCCCACGAGAAUUGCAGAUCUUUCGGCAUGUCUUAGAGUCCUCUCCCUGGCAAGUGAGAGACAGGUUCCAGCGGAUCGAUUUGAGAAAUGCCAGGGCAUCUGUGCAAGCAGAUGAGGAUGCAAUUAAGAAUCUGGUCCACAGCUCCUGUGGGUUUGAUGUUGUGAACUCCAUGGUGAAAGAUGAGUUUAUGGCUUGGCUUCUGCGUGCCUUUCAAGAGUAUGUCAAGGGCACCAUUGAACAUCCGGCGGAUCAUCUUGAUGAUGGCUCAGCAAGCCACUUCUCUGCGGUGUGGCCCAGAAGUCGAGACACAUUCUGA